AUGGCGUCUCAUCGGCACACCCUCUUCAUGAAUGGACCCGGCUUCAAGCAGAUGCUUUGGGAGACCAUUUCAGAUGGUCUCGGAUUCCAGGGGAUGGCUAAGCUGGGCCUGACAGCAGACUUAGCAGUUCAAUCUGGUGAGGGCAACAUGCAGGUGCUUGCUGUGCAAGAACGCAGGCGAAGCACAUUGGAGAACUUACUUCAUGAUCAUGUGCAAGCCCUGCUGUCCAUCAUCUUCGAGCUGGUGCACUAUGGGUUGCACCUGCAGAGUGCUCCAAUGAGCGCCUCCGCUCUUGCCGUGGAUGGGUGCACAGCUCCAGAGCUGGAAACGCAGAAUCAGAUCCAGGCAUGUUUGCAAGAGGAAUGGGAGAUGGUUCUUGGCUUAGAAGCCGAGGCCCGCUGGAAUGAUUUCCUCGCAAAAAACGCAUUGUACACGCAUUUCAUGCACUACAGGGAGAUUAUGACGUGUUUUGAGCAGAACAAGUGGAAGAUCACUCCGGAAACAACGAGCUUGAUAAUGGCAUGGAACCCAGCAUUCAGCUCCUCCGCCAACGUCGAGUCGAUGUUCCAGUCAAUGGAAGAGUCGACCAAAAGGGCCAGCAAACACGAGAAAGCAUCGCUUCCCAAUUUGCAAUGUUUGACUGUCCGAGCACUGCAGAAAAAAGUCCUCCACAAGGAGGAUGGUGAUGAGCCAGGUCGAGCUCCCGAUGGCAUCAACCUUUCUUCUGAGGACUGGGAAGGUGCCGAAGUACGGGCAUUGAAAGGCAGCAUUUGGCGGCCAGACUCGUACGGCGGGAGCACCGUGAUUUCACGAUGUAGUCAUUUCAAGUUGGACGACGUGCUCAAGCCCUUCCCCAGCACAACUCCUUUCCACCACACCAGAGUCGCCCUCAAUACCAUGAAGGCUUUGCGCCAUGCGAAAAAGCUGGGAAUGGACUUUGAUACCGCGCAAGCCAAGUUCUUUGUACCGUCCUUGACGCAACGUGGGAUGAUGGUGCAGCAUGAGUCCCGAUUUUACUUGUGUUUGGGGAGCACGCCCGGCAUCAUGUACGAAGCUUGGACUCCAAACUUAGAGAUGCUUACAGCAAACUUUUUAUAUGCCGAGACAGUGUUUGUAUGCACGAAUUGGACCAAGGCACUGGAGAUGGUUGAACUCCCGUACAAGUUUGUUGGUCCUCUGCCCCUUCUCAAAGUGAAUGAAAAUGCGGUGCCGAAGAAAGACAGCAAGCGCAGAGAUGUGGACCCGCUCCUGGUGGAUGAGAGUGUUUCUGCUCUUUGUGUGAAGCUGCAGCAGCCUGUUGUGAAGGAGUUGCUGCUGGAUCUCACUGCUACGGAGACCUACGAUUUCACCAUCCACCUCAUGGGUGGGCCCUUGGCUGAGAAGAUGGGCAGCUGUUUUUUCUUCCGACGGGGAUUGCAAGGAAUGCCCCUGCUUGUUGGCUUAAUCAAAAGCCAAGAGAUUGUCAAACUCACAGUGGACUCACUCUCGUGGCUGCUUGCUGCUUAUCAGAUUCACUGCCGGAAAAACGCAAGCAAAACGCAGAAGAUACGCUUCUUGCUGGCGGUACCUGAAGUUGCCGCCAAGUGCACCGAAGAGGAGUUGACGAGCCUGAAGAGUCUGUUGGAUGCAACAGAUGAAAAAAACAAAAAAAGGGCCAAGAGUGGAACCGAUGCUGCUGAUCGUGAUGAAGACGUGGAGGAGGACCGGAGAUUUGCAUGCUUUGAGUUCGCAAGGUAUGUAUACCUGAAAUAUCCUGCCCCACCGAGUGGCGACUGUUAG